CACCGCGAAUUCCGGAAGGCAGUUGACGUCACGUCCGGCGGUCUGUCCAAUCCGGGAGCGGGUCCGUCAGUUUCAGGGACGGUCGUCGUGUCCCGCCGCCAUGGAGACUAUCCUGGAGCAGCAGCGCCGUUACCAUGAGGAGAAGGAGCGGCUGAUGGAUGUGAUGGUGAAGGAGAUGAUGGUGAAGAAAUCCACGCUUCGGGACCAAAUCAAUUCCGAUCAUCGGGCCAGAGCAGUGCUUGAUAGGUACAUGGAAGUGGCAGGAAAUCUAAGAGACUUGUAUGAAGAUAAAGAUAGUAUGCGAAAGGAUGAGUUAAAUGCCAUUUCAGGACCAAAUGAAUUCGGAGAAUUCUACAAUCGGCUGAAGAUGAUCAAAGAAUUCCACAGAAAACACCCAAAUGAGAUAAGUAUUCCGAUGUCAGUAGAAUUUGAGGAGUUAAUGAAGACCAGGGAUAAUCCAAGUGAGGAGGCACAGAAUCUAGUGGAGUUCACAGAUGAGGAAGGAUAUGGACGUUAUCUCGACCUUCAUGACUGUUAUCUCAAAUACAUCAACCUGAAAGGUUCAGAGAAAUGUGAUUAUAUUACCUACUUGAUUACAUUUGACCAACUUUUUGAUAUUCCAAAAGAGAGAAAAAAUGCAGAGUAUAAACGGUAUCUGGAAAUGUUGUUGGACUACCUCCAGGAUUAUACUGACCGUGUGAAGCCUUUAUUGGAUCAGAAUGAGCUCUUUGGAAAAAUACAAAUUGACUUUGAGAAAAAAUGGGAAAACGGCACCUUUCCUGGCUGGCCAAAAGAAACAAGCAGCGCCCUGACUCAUGCUGGAGCUCAUUUAGAUCUGUCAGCUUUCUCAUCCUGGGAAGAAUUGGCUUCCUUGGGGUUGGACAGACUGAAAUCUGCCUUAAUGGCUUUGGGUCUGAAAUGUGGUGGAACCUUAGAAGAGAGAGCCCAGAGGUUGUUCAGUACUAAAGGGAAGUCUCUGGAGGCACUGGACCCUUCACUAUUUGCGAAGUCUAAAUCUAAAGGCACUAAGAAGGACUCAGAACGCAACAAAGAAAUUGCUUUUCUUGAAGCUCAAGUGUACGAAUACAUAGAAAUUCUUGGGGAACAGAGACAGCUCACCAGAGAAAACGUACAACGCAAACAAGCUCGGACUGGUGAGGAACGAGAGGAGGAGGAAGAGGAGCAUGUCAGUGAGAGUGAAAGUGAAGAUGAGGAAAAUGAAAUAAUCUAUAAUCCCAAGAAUCUGCCAUUGGGUUGGGAUGGCAAGCCCAUUCCAUAUUGGUUGUACAAGCUGCAUGGUUUGAACAUCAACUAUAAUUGUGAAAUCUGUGGAAAUUAUACAUACAGAGGACCCAAAGCAUUCCAGCGCCAUUUUGCUGAAUGGCGCCAUGCUCAUGGCAUGAGGUGUCUUGGAAUCCCUAACACAGCACAUUUCGCAAAUGUCACCCAAAUUGAGGAUGCUGUAUCCUUGUGGGCGAAACUGAAGCAUUCAAAGGCAGCAGAGAGAUGGCAGCCAGACACAGAGGAAGAAUAUGAAGACUCAAGUGGAAAUGUAGUUAAUAAGAAAACCUAUGAAGAUUUGAAACGACAAGGGUUGCUGUAAACUGUAUUGAACAUGAACUUUAUUUCAUUCUCCAAUAGUAGUUAUCAUUCAAAGAUACUUUGUUUACGUUCUCCCUCUCAUUAAUAGAAGGACUGUGUCUCGUACUGUCCAAUGUCUUUAUUGAACUCAAAAGGCUGUAAAAAUGUGAUGUCUGACAAAUUUGCAUAAUUUUGUGUCUGAUGGCAACAUUAACUUUGCAAAAGUGGUACAUUUCAUAAUGUUUUGUGGAUUUUGCUUUAUAUCUCUAAAAAUAGGUAUGGAAGAUCAUUUCUAUUCUGACCAGGAAAAUAGAAACCCUUGGUGGUAGUACAGGUCUCUUGUUAGUGGACAUGAGACAUUUAAGAUUAGGCUUAAAUUUGAUGAACAAUAUAAUUUAUAGUAAGCAAUAUUCUUUGUUUAAAAACAAGUUCUGUUAUCCUGUACUUUUAUUGUCACCUUGCCACAAAUUUCUGUAUUUGACAUUUUCUUCACAAAUUUAAUAAAGAAAAAUUGUGAUUUUUAUUAUCUUCA